CACCUCAUCACUCAUUUUAUUCUAAGGCUAUACAGUGAUCCCAUCAUCUGGAAGAAAUGGCUGAUUUGGCUUUUGUUUUUGGCCUUUUAGGGAACAUUGUGUCGUUCAUGGUCUUCCUUGCUCCAAUUCCCACAUUCUACCAAAUCUACAAGAAAAGAUCAACUGCAGGCUUCCAAUCCCUCCCGUACAUCGUGGGAUUGUUCAGCGCUAUGUUGUGGAUGUACUACGCGUUUCUGAAGCCCGACACCACCCUCCUCAUCACCAUCAACUCGGUCGGCUGCUUCAUUCAGUCUGCAUACAUCUGCUUCUACCUUGUUUUCGCCUCCAAAGACACUAGGAUUCAAACCGUGAAACUGAUUCUCUCGUUGAACGUGGUGGGAUUCGGACUAGUUCUAUUCCUAACUCAAUUCUUUGCCAAUGAAUCAAACCGCGGCAGUAUUGUUGGAUGGAUUUGCCUUGUUUUCUCCCUCUGUGUGUUCGUCGCGCCUCUAGGCGUUGUGAGACAAGUGAUAAGAAUGAAGAGCGUGGAGUACAUGCCGUUUCUUCUCUCGUUCUUCUUAACCCUAAGCGCGGUCAUGUGGUUUUUCUUUGGGUUGCUACGCAAAGACUAUAACAUUGCUAUUCCUAAUGUUCUGGGAUUCAGCUUCGGGGUGAUUCAAAUGGUGCUUUAUCUGAUGUACAAAAACGCGAAGGAAGGAGGCGUGCAAGUGCCUGAAGUAGUAGAGGUUAAAAUAGAGAAGAUUAGUGAAUUGAAGGAACAGAUCAUUGAUGUUGUUAAGGUGGGAGGAAUGACUUUGGAGAUUAUUCCUUUAGGCGCGGACGGAGGCAUUAUCGUUGGAGGGGAUAAAACCUGCAGCCCGGAAUAACGAAUCAGAAAAUAUGUGUGUUGAAUUAGCUAGUGUUAGUAUGGUCUUGAAGUGGCAUAAGGGCCACAUUGCUUUAUUUCAUUUCUAGAUUGUUAUGACUUUUGGAUUUGAUUUAUGUUAAUUAGGUUGCUUUCUACUUAGGUGUUUCUCAUUUGUUAAGGUCAAGUGUAAUGUAUGCUUCACUUAAUCAAAUGCUGCAUAAUUAUCUCUA